AGAAGUUGCCUGGGCGGGGGAAGCUGGUGGAGGAAGGAGGGAGGGGGAAGAAACAAAUUGGCAGGCAACUCGUGGUGCCUUGCAUCCGUACCAGAGGCAGGAUCAAUUACUCCUCUCUCUUCAGCAAGGAAGCCUGCAAGCGAGAAGGCAAGAGGGCAGAGAUGGCCAGCGAAUUCAAGAAGAAGAAGUUCUGGAGGGCAGUGGUGGCUGAGUUCUUCGCCAUGAGCCUCUUCAUCUUCAUCAGCAUCGGCGCAGCGCUGGGCAUGAAUUUCCCCAUCCCCAGCGCCAACGACACCGUGCCGCGGGUCCAAGACAACGUGAAAGUCUCCCUGGCUUUCGGGAUCUCUAUCGCCACCAUGGCCCAAAGCGUGGGGCACAUCAGCGGCUGUCACCUGAACCCGGCCGUGACUCUGGGCCUCCUGCUCAGCUGCCAGAUCAGCAUCUUGAGGGCUGUCAUGUACAUUAUCGCCCAGUGCUUGGGGGCAGUCGUGGCCACAGCCAUCCUUUCCGGGAUCACGUCUGGGCUGGCGGACAACUCUUUAGGGCUCAAUGCGCUGGCAAAUGGAAUCAAUCCAGGACAAGGCCUUGGCAUCGAGAUCAUUGCGACCUUGCAGUUGGUGCUCUGUGUGCUUGCCACGACAGAUAGGAGGAGGACCGACGUCACUGGAUCGGCACCCUUGGCCAUUGGCCUCUCAGUGGCCCUGGGGCAUCUUCUUGCUAUUGACUAUACUGGUUGUGGAAUCAACCCUGCAAGAUCUUUCGGGUCCGCUUUGAUUACCACUAACUUCACCAAUCACUGGAUUUUCUGGGUUGGCCCGCUGAUUGGAGGGGCCAGCGCCGCCCUCAUCUAUGACUUCAUCCUGGCUCCUAGGAGCAGCGAUGUAACCGAUCGCAUGAAGGUCUGGACCAGUGGCCAGGUGGAAGAAUACGAUCUCGAUGCUGAUGACUCCAGGGUGGAGAUGAAACCAAAAUAGAGGCGAACCGAGACAGGAAGAAAAAGAAGACAAACAAAACCAAUCUCUGAAGAUUUUUAUCAGUAUUAUAGACUCUUUGUAAAGCAACAAGCAAUUCUUCCCAAAAAUUUUAUAAGUCAUUAGAGUUUUCCUUCUCUUAUUUCGUGCCUAUUCUUUCCAGACUUUUAGAUCUGUGGCUGCACAGUGAGACAAACAAAAUUGGUGGGGCGGGUGGGUGGGAAGGAGAUGACUAUAUUUUGUACUAUAUAUGUGUGGAAGAGCUAGGGAGAAGAUUUGCAGUAAUGAUUCUGGAAGUCCAAGUUUAGAUUUCUUAAUCCAAAGGGACUGGCUUCUCCUGCAGUUUGAUGGGCAUAUUGCAAUGAAGCCCAGACGAACAGCCUACAGGCAGCCAGAAAGGGAUAUCUGAAGAGAUUUCACCUGCCAAAUUCUAGAAAUGAAAAAAAAAGUAAAUGGAAGUGCCUGGUAAGAAGAUUUUGAAUAGGGAGGGCCAAUUUUUUUAUGCUGCAGAUUGUGCCGAUCUCUAGAAAGUGUCUGAGGCACCAGAAGUGGUUUGUUGUUUUUUAAAAUCACAUGCAGACCCAUUUAAGAACAGGCUCCAGAAGGAAGUUGGUGUUAUUUAGUGCUAUUUUUCCAGAAAAAGAGGUGCUGGAACUCACCGUGAACACCUCCCUUGUUUUCUUAUAAUGGCAAUGGCAGCCACCUGAGUUCUGCUGAGUUCCAGCUGGAAAAAGCCCUGGUGUUACUUUGGCGCAUACUCUUACUUACAAAUCAUAUGCGUUUAUAUAUUAUAUGCAUGUCGCUGCAUACAAAAUCCAAAAGAGAGGCAUAAGGCUAAAGUAUGGAAUAUCUCUUAUUUCUUACAACUCGAAAGGACUUCUCUUCCCCUUUAUAGACAUCUGUUGGCAAUUUAUUUAUUUUCAAAGCCACACCUUGACGGAAAGUUGGCAGGGGCCAGGUAUAAUUUUUGUCACCUGGCCCACUGAUUGCCCUGGAGAUCAAAGGCUAGCAUACCAGCUACCAGGAAAUUCCCAAGUCAAGCGUCAAUGAAAUUAGUGGGGGUUAAUGUCAUUGGUUUUUCAAAGCUCCCCUAUAUUCCUAAUGAGGUUUGUGCAGGAUAAUCGCCCGGUGGGCUGUGCCAGUAAACAUUAUUGUAUGUAAUUAACGUCAGCCCAGGUUUAUUCAUGUCUGUUAACACGCAUUCCUCUUCACGACGCACCAUUAAUUCUGCCGCAUGUAAAAACGCUACCGACUCCCAAUAAAUGUUUACACCUUA